AUGGCGGAAACUACUAGUGACCUGGCGCCGGAAUUCGGCUGCGUUGCUGAUUGCCGAAGCGGGUCAAUAUGGUGUCAAAGUUGCGAAGAUUUUAUAUACGACACUGAGGUUGAUAGAGUUUUGCGUGAUACGUCUAAGGACUUACAGCGCAAGGAUUUACUUUCGAAAAAGCGCUCGAUGAGUGAGGCUCUAGCCUACGCCGAUGCAGAGGAAGCAUCAUAUUUGGCAUCGAACAGCAACAAACGGAUUUGCGGAAAGGAUGGCAUGAGAGGCUUGUAUAACCUCGGCCAGACAUGCUACAUGAAUGUCAUUCUGCAGACUUUGUUCCAUGAGCCGUUACUGACAACGUAUUUUCUUGGUCAUCGUCAUCGCAUGUACGAUUGCUCAGAAUCAAACUGUUUCGUGUGUCAGGUCGCAGAGGUUUUUGCGGAAUUUCAUGAAGAGAAGGAGGAGGGUUUCGGCGUCCUCAACUUUCUGUUAAGUUCAUGGCUAUCAUCGCCUGACCUUGCUGGAUACCAGCAGCAAGAUGCCCACGAAUUCUAUCAAUUUCUCGUCAACAAACUCCAUGCCACAGCCGAAGACCACGUUGACGGAUACGAGCAGAAAUGCCGAUGUUUUUUCCACAAGGCUUUCUUUGGGAAGCUCCAGAGCAGCGUGACCUGCCACCGUUGCAGAAACACUAAUCGCACCGAAGAUCCAAUCAUGGAUUUGAGUCUUGCUUUUCAGGUCCAGAGAAAGAAGAAAGCAUUGCACUGGAUUCCGGGCGACUCAGAAAGCACACCAAGCCUUAACGGCUGCUUGGAUAGCUAUACAGCUCCCGAGGAAUUACCUGCUAGCGAUUAUAACUGCAGUUGGUGCGGAACGCCGCAAGGGGCGACAAAGCAACUUAGGCUACGCAAACUACCUGUGAUAUUAUGUAUGCAGCUUAAGAGGUUCGAACGACAUCGGUCCGUCUCCGAAAAAGUCGAUACCAAAGUUGCUUUCCCGUUCUCCAUAAACAUGGCGCCAUACACCACGAGUGCCAAUUCGAAGAAUAUCUUUAAGUAUACUUAUGAUUUAUUAAGCGUGGUGGUCCACAUUGGCGAUAUUGAUUCGGGUCAUUAUCUUGCCUAUUGCAGGCAGGGAGAGCAGUGGUUUAAAUUCAACGAUGACCGAGUUACCUGGGCCACUGAUGCGGAGGUGCUGGAUGCCGACGCAUAUUUGCUGUUUUACACUUUACGCUCCCUUUCAGGUUCUUGA